AUGACGACCCAUGUAAACACGACUUCCAUCACAACCACCACCACCAUCAGUACCCAGCGAGACCCCAGCCCCGGCUCCCCGCCAGACUUGACUGGCUCAAAAUCGUCCAAGUCGUCGGGCUCGUUCCGUUCUACCUGCCUGACCAGUCAACCGAGUCACGACAACCUGUCGCAUUUCGAGGACAUCGCUCUCGCCGAUUCUGGCAGAGACGAGGCCGACGACUUACACGUUCGAAUCACCCCAAGGAAACUCUCAAACACGCAUGCUCCACCAGCACGUCGAGCGUCGGCUACCUCCCAGAAUGGACGCAACUCUUCAGCUCCCGAAGUAUUGCGCGAUGCCACCAACAUCCACCGUCCUCGAUAUCCCAGCCUGAAGUCGCAUGUCAAUGCUGCCAACUUCAAUGCUCGUCCCAUUCGUCGAGGCUUUACUAGUCCCUCAACGCCAUCGCUCGUCAUGGGAGCAAGGACUCGUCCCUCGAGGUCAGUCUCUCCCAACGGCCAGGCUCUCAGCGAUGGUGGUCGUUCUCCCACGUCCGCAGCACCACAAACACUGGCUCCUAGGCCGCCUCUGAGGCCAAGGAAAUCGGUAAAAGAGCUCGAAGCCGAAUAUCACGAUUCUGACGAGGAAGUGCCCGAAGAUGCCGUCAUCUGGAAUGUCCCCAUCUCUCCACGCCCUCCAAUGCAUUCUGNNACUCCCUCAAGUCCCACCAGAAUUGUCUCUACCAAUAUAACCCCAGAACUCAAGCCGACAAACAGCAAUUCAUCAUCGAAGGAAGAAGCCCCUCGUUCUGCCACACGGCCAAACUUGCCUCACAGCGCAACCAUCGCCGCAUUUCCUCCAGACCCUGCCUCGCCCAGACUUCAACGUGGCAGAACCUGGAACGAGGACCUAAGCGAGGAAGCUCGAGAGGUUGCCGCUGCUUUGGAAGAGCACGCCGAGCGCGUAUCGCAAGAAAGACGUCGCUCCACGCGCAACAGCACCAAUGGCAGUCCUCCGCGCCCCUCUAUGAAGCUUAGAACGAAAACUAGCAUUAUGGAGUUGCCUCCACUACAAAAAGGAAACGUCAUGAUCGACCCACUGCCAAUCAGCAAGGAGAAGGAGGCAGUACUCACUAGGACACGUCCAUCGUGGCUUCCACCCAAAAGCCAAAAAGAGGAGAAAAAGCAUAUGAAGGAGUGGGAGAGGAUGAUGGCCGCAGCCGAGGCAGCCGAGAAGAAGCGUAUCGCCAAAGAAGCCGAACAACAGCAACAACGCAAACACGUUGAAUCCAACAUUGCACGAAUCUGGGAACAACACGUUAUCCCCAACUGGGACGAUGUGGUGAAAGAACCAAGGACUCGCGAGCUUUGGUGGCGUGGUGUCACUCCUAGAGACAGAGGUACUGUCUGGAGCAAGGCUGUUGGCAACGAGCUGUCAUUGACAGAGGCCUCGUACGCCAAUGCUCUCAAGCGCGCCCGCACACUACAAUCGUCGGUCAACAACCUCCCAGAAGAAGAGCGCUCCAAGCACGCUGAUGCAGGUUGGCUGGCUGCCAUCUCUCGCGAUGUCCCAACCGUCUUUCCUGAGCUCGGUAUUUUCGGUCCUGGUGCACCCCUGCACUCUACUUUGGAAGAUGUGCUUCUCGCCUACUCUGCCUACCGCAGUGAUGUGGGCUAUGUCUACGGAGUCCACACGAUUGCAGGCCUUCUCGUGCUAAACAUGAGUGCGUCAGCUGCCUUCAUCGCUCUUGCAAACAUGCUGAAUCGGCCAAUCGCUCUUGCCUUCCNNCUGAUCAACGAUCAAGCGACUGUGUCGCGUAUCUACUCGACCGUUCUCUCCACACUCAAAUACAAGAUGCCUCGCUUACACGAGCACCUUACGAGCCCCGAGACUGGCUUCAAGGGCCCUGAAGAAUGGCUGCACCCCUUCCUCGCUACCCUGGGCACGCAGAUUCUCAGUCCUGACUCUUGCAGUCGUCUCUGGGAUAUUGCCGUCUUCGAAGGCGACAAGACGUUCAUUCGCGCAGCUGUUGGCGUGCUGGCGUUGCUUGAGAGCAGACUCUACGGACCGAGAGAGGAACUUCUGUCUCUGAUUGGCUGGGGCGCUCGUCCGCUGGACUUCGAGGAAGAACAAGUCAUUGUUGCCAUUCGCGAAGCUGGCAAGAUCUCUCCUCACAACUCAACUCCUGAUCUCAAUAGCAACAAGCGAUAG